AUGGCGGUCAGUAACUACCUGAAGUUUUGGAUAACCUCAAUCAAGACAUUUGGAGGCAAAGCGGCACCACUGUUUCUUGUUGUCACACACACAGAAACAAAAUCUGCUGAUGAAAUAGAGAUGUAUUUGGGGGAGUUUUGGAAUGCCGUACACGAUGACGAUAGAGAUUGGUUAAGUGAGUCUCUGAAUGAUCGAGAAUAUGCAGUAGGUCUGAAGACACUUAAUGAUAAUACCAAGGAAAUACUGGAGUCAAUGAAAAAGUCCAUAGUGGAACUAUUCACAGAUGAGAACAAUACAAAAGUUGAAUUGCCUUCUUCGUGGGCUCUAAUGGAGCAGUUAUUAUAUGAAGGAGCCUGGAAGGUUUUGUCCCUGAGUGAAAUCUGGAAGCUCAACUCAUCUCUUCCUGACGAAUACCAAAUCAAAAGUGAUGAGGAAAUGUCAAAAUUUUUAAAUGUUUUCAUGACAGUGGCCUUCUUUUGA